GUUUAUUUGCCGCUGAAACAUUUUGCUCCGAGUUUUUAUCGAAAAUUAGCUGAAAUAAGGUCCAAAUAAUUGUAAAAUUUAUUAAACAGCACAAAAAAGUGCAAAUUUUACCUAAAAAAAUAUAAAAAAGCAACAAUGACAUCAAUUAUAAAGCUGCACACCAUCUCAGGAGCCAUGGAUGAGAGUCCUCCCUGCUAUUUGCUCGAAGUCGAUGAAGUCCGUAUCCUACUUGACUGCGGUUGGGACGAGAAAUUCGAUCCAAAUUUCAUCAAAGAGCUCAAAAAAUACGUUCAUACCAUCGAUAUUAUCCUUCUUUCGUAUCCGGAUCCGCAGCAUUUGGGUGCCUUGCCGUAUCUCGUGGGAAAAUUAGGGCUAAAUUGUCCCAUUUACUCCACAAUUCCCGUUUAUAAGAUGGGACAAAUGUUCAUUUAUGAUCUCUUCAUGUCGCAUUUCAACAUGUACGAUUUCGAUUUGUUCACGUUGGAUGACGUCGAUACGGCAUUCGAUCGCAUCACGCAGCUAAAAUACAACCAAAGUGUCGCGUUGAAGGGGAAAGGACUCGGAAUCACGAUAACUCCGUUGCCUGCGGGACAUUUAAUUGGCGGGACAAUUUGGAAGAUUGUCAAGGUCGGAGAGGAGGAUAUUGUGUAUGCGACGGAUUUUAAUCACAAGAAGGAGAGGCAUUUGAAUGGGUGUGAGUUGGAGAAAUUGCAACGUCCCUCGCUGUUGAUUACGGAUUGUUAUAAUGCGAGAUAUCAGCAGGCACGGAGAAGAGCACGGGAUGAAAAGUUGAUGACGAAUAUCUUGCAAACGUUGAGGAAUAAGGGAAAUGUCUUGAUUGCUGUUGAUACGGCAGGGAGAGUGUUGGAAUUGGCUCAUAUGAUGGAUCAACUGUGGAAAAACAAAGAAUCCGGUCUCUUGACCUACUCUCUCGCCCUUUUGAACAACGUCAGUUACAACGUCAUCGAAUUCGCCAAAUCCCAAAUCGAAUGGAUGAGCGACAAACUGAUGAAAAGCUUCGAAGGUGCUCGCAACAACCCAUUCCAAUUCCGUCACGUGCAAAUGUGUCACUCGAUGAAGGAUUUAGCAAACGUCCCGAGCCCAAAAGUCGUUCUCGCCAGUUCAGCUGACAUGGAAAGCGGUUAUUCGCGCGAACUUUUUGUUCAAUGGGCAUCGGGAGCGAAUAACAGCAUAAUUAUUACAAGUCGAACAUCGCCCGGAACACUCGCACGUGACUUGAUCGACAACGGAGGCAACGGAAGAAAAAUCGAACUUGAUGUGAGACGAAGAGUUGAACUAGAAGGCGCCGAAUUGGAGGAAUAUAUGCGAACGCAUGGCACAAAAGUCACAAAAUCCAUCAUUAAAGAGGAGGAAUCUUCCGAUUCGGAUUCUGAUGACGAGUUGCAAAUGUCGGUAAUCACGGGAAAGCAUGAUAUCGUCGUUCGCGCGGGAAAAUCUCAAACUGGGUUCUUCAAAUCGAGUAAAAAGCAUUACGCUAUGUUCCCGUUCUUCGAGGAAAAGAUAAAAUACGACGAAUACGGCGAAAUUAUCCAGUUAGAAGACUAUCGGUUGAUGGAUACGGGCGACGGAUACAACAACGAGAACGACACCGACAGCAAAAUGAACAUAAAACGCGAAGAAGACAUCAAAAAAGAGAAAGACAUCAAAUCGGAAGACACUUUACUCGCAGAACGUCCUUCAAAAUGCAUCAGCAGCCGAAAACUCAUCGAAGUAAAUGCCCAAGUUCAGUUUAUUGACUUCGAAGGACGUUCUGAUGGCGAUUCUUUGUUGAAAAUUCUCUCCCAGCUGCGCCCGCGACGCGUAAUUGUCGUUCGUGGCAGUCAAACCAACACAGAACUCGUCGCAGAUCAUUGCAGAAAAAAUAUUGGCGCACGUGUUUUCACUCCAAAUCGCGGAGAUACCGUCGAUGCCACGACCGAAUCGUAUAUUUAUCAAGUUCGACUCACGGAAGCGCUUGUAAGUCAAUUGAAAUUCCAAAAAGGACGCGAUGCAGAAGUUGCCUGGAUCGACGGACAAAUUUCCAUUCGAACGAAGCAGUUUGAGCAAGAAAAUUCCGAAGGCAAGGAAAAUACUCCCAUGGAUACGGAUCAAGUAAUCGUUAAAGAUGACGAACAAGAGAGAAUUCUCGCUUUGGAACCUUUAAGUGACGACACAAAAAUCGCGCCGCAUAACUCAGUGUUCAUUAACGAACUAAAACUCGUCGAUUUUAAGCAAGUUUUGAACCGAAACAACAUCCCAUCCGAAUUUAUUAACGGAGUUUUGUGGUGUGCAGGUGAAAAAGUCGCGUUACGAAGAGUUGACACGGGCAAAGUCACGAUGGAAGGCACUUUUUGCGAAGAAUAUUACAAAAUACGGGAGUUGUUGUAUGAGCAGUACGCCAUUGUUUAA